AGCGAGCACGAGAGCAUGAGCACGGGGACAGGCAGAAGGAGAGGGAGAAGCAGAUGUCCCGCUGAGCAAGGAGCCCAAUGCGGGGCUCAAUCCCAGGACCCCAGGAUCAUGACCGAGAGGAAGACGGACGCUCAACCAACUGAGCCACUUAGGAUAAGGAAGGAUUUUUAUGCAAGGCACACUGAAUGUUUAAUAUGAAGGAAAAGAGAGAGACACAGCGAGAGAGGGAACACAAGCAGGGGAGUGGGAGAGGGAGAAGCAGGCUUCCCGCCAAGUAGGGAGCCCAAUGUAGGGCCUUGUUGGCUCUCCUCAUCUCCCUGACCCUCCCCUGUUCUGGGCUGCCUCCACCCCACAGUGUGAGGAGGUACAGGAGACCGUGCAGAAACCCAGGCAGAGCCUGAGGCACAGUAAGGAGGAGCUGAACAGGCUUAACCAGGCCAUCCAGCGGCUGACUGCGGAGGUGGACAGCGCUAAGAGUCAGAGACUACAGAUGCUGGUUUCCUGUGAGGAAAGGAUAUUCUUCCAGUUAAUUUUCCUGAUGGAACAAUAAUCCCAGCAUGAUGUGCUCAGGGGCAUUUGAUGCUCCCUGGAUCGUAGCUCCUAUUAGAAGAGUCACAUACUGGAUGUGACAGGCUCUCUCUCAGCCAGCCUGGGCUGGCCCCAAGUCUCCAUCUUGGGAGCUGAGCAGACACACACCAUAUUUUUUGGAACAGGCAGGCUCUUUCCUUACAAUGAUCUCUACUCCCUCACUGGCCCUCUGAGAAAGGUCUGGAUCCUUGAAGUGGGGGAGGGUGGGAGCCAAAGAUGUCCUGUCCGUGGUCUUCCCUUUGCCCCCAGCCCUGUGAACUAGACAGAGCCACGGAGCCACGAGCUCAGCAGGAGGGGGGUGCCUCGGACAGUGCCCAGGGCAAGCUGGCCUGGCUGGAGGCCGCCCUGCAGCGAGCCAAGCGCGACAUGGUGCGCCAGCUGCGCGAGUACCAGGAUCUCAUGAUCGUCAAGCUGGGCCUGGACUUUGAGAUCGCCACCUACCGCAAGCUGCUGGAGGGCGAGGAGAGCAGUAUCCCAAGGCCGGUUUGAUCAGCACCACGGACAGCAGCACAGACGUCUUCAAAUGGGGCAGUACUGGAGUCGUAGCCCCGCCUUUCUCCUUCCUCCAUUCUAAUUUGAGUCAUUGCUCCCCAUCCUCCAAUCCCUGAGUUCCACCAAAUGUGUAUGGGGAGGUAUGGGGAGCGUGUGGGGGAGGUGAGCUGGCCUUUUGAAGAUAAACAGUUGUGCAGUUUGGGGUAAAAGGCCAUAAACAUUUGGCCACAUCUGGCCCCCAAUUAAGCACAUUAAGGGAGGAGCCAAGGCAGCUAAACAACCCAAGCCAAUAAAGACAUCUAAUUGCUUCUAACCCAUGGACGCAUUAGGCUCCCCGCAUAUAUAAAAGGCCCAAAGAUGUCCAAGACACAAACACUUCAACCACUGUACCCUCCAUUAGUACGUCUCCCUCCUCAGAGCUUCCCUUGCCCCCAAGAAGGACCAUGACUUGUGGAUCUUACUGUGCUGGCCCUGUCUUUAGCUGCAUGUCGGCCUGCGGGCCCCGGCCCGGCCGCUGCUGCAUCACGGCCGCCCCCUACCGCGGCGUCUCCUGCUACCGCGGCCUCACCGGGGGCUUCGGCAGCCGCAGCGUCUGCGGGGCCUUCCGCGCCGGCUCCUGCGGCCGCAGCUUCGGCUACCGCUCCGGCGGCGUGUGCGGGCCCAGCCCACCCUGCAUCACCAGCGUGUCGGUCAACGAGAGCCUCCUCACGCCCCUCAACCUGGAGAUCGACCCCAAUGCGCAGUGCGUGAAGCACGAGGAGAAGGAGCAGAUCAAGGGCCUCAACAGCAGGUUCGCUGCCUUCAUCGACAAGGUGCGCUUCCUGGAGCAGCAGAACAAGCUGCUGGAGACCAAGUGGCAGUUCUACCAGAACCGCAAGUGCUGCGAGAGCAACCUGGAGCCCCUGUUCGAGGGCUACAUCGAGACCCUGAGGCGGGAGGCCGAGUGCGUGGAGGCCGACAGCGGGAGGCUGGCCUCGGAGCUCAACCACGUGCAGGAGGUGCUGGAGGGCUACAAGAAGAAGUAUGAGGAGGAAGUUUCUCUGAGAGCAACAGCUGAGAAUGAAUUUGUGGCUCUGAAGAAGGAUGUGGACUGUGCCUACCUCCGCAAGUCAGACCUGGAGGCCAACGCGGAGGCCCUGACUGAGGAGAUCGACUUCCUGCGGCGCCUGUAUGAGGAGGAGAUCCGUGUUCUCAAUGCCCACAUCUCAGACACCUCGGUCAUCGUCAAGAUGGACAACAGCCGGGACCUGAACAUGGACAGCAUUGUGGCCGAGAUCAAGGCUCAGUAUGACGACAUCGCCAGCCGCAGCCGGGCUGAGGCCGAGUCUUGGUACCGCAGCAAGUGUGAGGAGAUGAAGGCCACGGUGAUCCGGCAUGGGGAGACCCUGCGCCGCACCAAGGAGGAGAUCAAUGAGCUCAACCGCAUGAUCCAGAGGCUGACCGCUGAGGUUGAGAAUGCCAAGUGCCAGAACUCCAAGCUGGAGGCUGCAGUGACCCAGGCUGAGCAGCAGGGCGAGGCGGCUCUGAGCGAUGCCCGCUGCAAGCUGGCUGAGCUGGAGGCCGCCCUGCAGAAGGCCAAGCAGGACAUGGCUUGCCUGGUCAAGGAGUACCAGGAGGUGAUGAACUCCAAGCUGGGCCUGGACAUCGAGAUCGCCACCUACAGGCGGCUGCUGGAGGGCGAGGAGCAGAGGCUGAGUGAGGGCGUCGGCGCCGUGAAUGUGUGCGUCAGCAGCUCCCGCGGGGGCGUCGUCUGUGGUGAUCUCUGCGCCUCCGGUGCUGCCCCUGCUGUCACCAGCAGAGUCUGCAGCGCCCCCUGUAGCGACAACAUGGUGGUGGGCACCAGCUCGUGCGCCCCGGCCAGCAGCCGGAGCUGUCAGAAGUGCUAGGGGGCCGCCGGCCGCUGCCAGCGCGCAUCCCCGUCACCCUCCAGCCAGGACCUCCCGCAUCCCGAGCGCCCCGCCAACGCCGCCCCACGACCGCCAGCCGCCGGCCCCCCCCACCCCACCCCGAGAGCCGGUGGCCAGAUGUGCGCACUCUGCGCGACCUCCCUACCCGCUCCCUCCGUGGGCCAUCCCCCCUGGGCGCCCUGAGCCCUGGAGAGGUUGGGGCGGCGCCUUGGCCUCUCUCCGUAGCCUUUCCUAGUAGUGGCUUUGCUGUCUUCAGGAUUCAUCCUUUCUUCUGCCUUCUGGUUUUUUCCCGCUGGAUUCACGUGUCCUGCCUGACCCCUUCACCCAGGCUUGCAGGGACAGGGCGGGCCCCAGAAUCCCGCUGUCUGCACUUCCUGGUAACCCGCCAGUGUGCCUGAACCUGUGGAAUGGAGGUGGGGAAUGCUGAUGGUGGCUUUCCUGAAACUCUGUGAGGGCCAUGAGCCGUGGGAGGGAAGAGCACCUCUUUCCAGGGCUGCCGGCAGAGGCUUCGACAAAGCCCAUGUCUCCGCUGCCAGUCUGUUUCU